UAGUUGAUCUUAUACAUUUGUUCGUGAUACUGCUUGGUAAUAUUUUGUUACUUUUUCGUACUUUUAUUGUUGUUUUGAAUUUUUACUUUCGGUUAUGAAUCGCAGAUUCUUCGAACAUUUUUGAUAAAAAAGUUAUGAAUAAGUUUUUGUAAUUAAUAUUUUUUAAAAUGUCAUCGUUAGCAUCAAAGGAUUAUGAUCUGCAUGGAAGAACAGACUCAUAUCGUGUUGCUACAGUUCCAUCUCAGUUUGAUGAUAAUAAAACAGUAGAUGGAAAACCAAAAACAAGGCGAAAAGCACCAUCGUCAAUUAGUACCAAGUAUAGUCAUGCUGAAAAUUUAGAUGAGUUGAAACAAGAUCCAUACUUGGACUAUCAUAAAGUACCAUUAGAUGAACUUUACCAAAGAUUUGGAACACACCCUGGAACUGGGUUAACUCAUGCGAAAGCUCGAGAAAAUUUAGAAAGAGAUGGACCUAAUACUUUGACACCACCAAUUACAACACCUGAAUGGAUAAAAUUUGCAAAACAGAUUUUUGGUGGAUUUUCAGUAUUAUUAUGGUGUGGAGCACUUCUGUGUUUCUUAGCUCAUACUGCAGAAACUAGUACUACAGAAGAUCCAAAUGAUGAUUAUAUUUACUUAGGUUCAAGUUUAAUAGUUGUUAUAGUAGUCACUGGCUUUUUAUCUUACUGUCGGCAGUUUAAUCAAGGUGCAAUCAUCCGAUCAUUCUAUGAAACAACUUCACAGUUUGCUGUAGUCAUACGCCAAGGUGAAUCAUUGACAUUACGAGCUGAAGAUCUUACUCUUGGUGACAUUGUUGAGCUUAAGUUUGGAGACCGUAUCCCAGCUGACUUAAGAAUUAUUGAGAGUCAUUCAUUUAAAGUAGAUAAUUCAUCACUGACUGGUGAAUCUGAACCACAAAGCCGCACUCCAGAAUUUACUCAUGAUGAUCCUUUGGAAACUAAAAAUUUUGCAUUUUCUUCCACUCAUGCUGUUGAAGGAACUGCUAAGGGUGUAGUUAUUGCAUGUGGAGAUAAUACUGUCAUGGGAAGAAUUGCUGGAUUAGCUUCAAGUUUAGAUAGUCGACCAACACCAAUUGCAAGGGAAAUUAUUCGUUUUGUGAACUUUGUUAACAUAACUGCUAUAAUUAUUGGAAUAUUAUUAUUCAUUAUUGCAUUGAUGAUGGGUUGUUAUUGGUUGGAUGCCAUUAUUUUCAUGAUAGGUUUUUUGGUUGCAGCUGUUCCUGAAGGUUUGUUAGCUACAGUAACUGUUUGUUUAACAUUAACUGCCAAGCGAAUGGCAUCUAAAAACUGUCUUGUAAAGAAUUUGGAAGCAGUAGAAACACUAGGAUCAACUUCAACAAUUUGUUCUGACAAGACUGGCACUUUAACUCAAAAUCGUAUGACUGUUGCUCACAUGUGGUUUGAUAAUCAAAUUAUUGAAGCAGAUACUACUGAAGAUCAAUCUGGGGUGCAAUAUGAUAGAUCUAGUCCUGGAUUUAGAGCUUUGGCAAGAAUCGCAACACUCUGUAAUCGAGCUGAAUUUAAAGCAGGACAAGAUGGUGUACCCAUUCUAAAAAAGGAAGUAAAUGGGGAUGCUUCAGAAUCUGCCUUAUUGAAGUGUAUGACACUUGCUCUUGGUGAUGUAAUGUCGAUCAGAAGACGUAACCGUAAAGUUUGCGAGAUACCUUUUAAUUCAACAAAUAAAUAUCAGGUUUCAAUCCAUGAGAAUGAAGAUUCUUCAGAUUCUCGACAUUCACGAUAUUUAUUAGUUAUGAAAGGAGCUCCCGAACGUGUCCUUGAUCGUUGCUCUACCAUAUUUAUCGGGGGGAAAGAAAAAGUUCUUGAUGAAGAAAUGCGUGAAGCAUUUAAUAACGCUUACUUAGAAUUAGGUGGUCUUGGUGAGCGCGUCCUGGGUUUUUGUGAUAUGUUAUUACCAUCAGACCGUUUUCCUAAAAAUUUCCUGUUUGAUGUCGAUGAACCUAAUUUUCCAUUAAGUGGAAUGCGAUUUGUUGGUUUAAUGUCUAUGAUAGAUCCACCAAGAGCAGCAGUUCCAGAUGCUGUGGCUAAAUGCCGUUCAGCUGGUAUAAAAGUUAUUAUGGUUACUGGAGAUCAUCCUAUUACUGCUAAAGCAAUUGCAAAAUCUGUUGGAAUUAUAUCUGAAGGAAAUGAAACAGUUGAAGAUAUCUCUCAGAGAUUAAAUAUUCCUAUAUCUGAAGUAAAUCCAAGAGAUGCUAAUGCAGCUGUAGUACAUGGUUCUGAAUUAUUAGAUUUGCCUCCAGAGGUUUUGGAUGAAAUAUUAAGGUACCAUAAAGAAAUAGUAUUCGCAAGAACUUCGCCUCAACAAAAAUUAACUAUUGUUGAAGGUUGUCAAAGAAUUGGCGGAGUCGUUGCUGUAACUGGAGAUGGUGUUAAUGAUUCACCGGCACUUAAAAAAGCGGAUAUUGGUGUUGCAAUGGGAAUUUCUGGAUCAGAUGUUUCAAAAGAAGCAGCUGACAUGAUUCUUUUAGAUGAUAAUUUUGCUAGUAUUGUUACUGGCAUAGAAGAAGGACGUUUAGUAUUUGAUAAUUUAAAAAAGUCUAUUACUUAUACUCUUUCAUCUAAUGUUCCUCAAUUAUUGCCGUUCAUUGCUUUUAUCAUGCUAAGCAUACCAUUGCCUAUUGGUGCUAUUGCUAUAUUAUGCAUUGAUCUUGGUACAGAUAUGGUUCCAGCCAUUUCAUUGGGUUAUGAGCAUCCAGAAUCAGAUAUAAUGAAACGCCCUCCUAGAAAUCUAAUUAGAGAUAAACUAGUGAAUAACAGAUUAAUAUCUUUGGCAUUUGGUCAAUUGGGUGUUAUUGAAGCAUUUGCUGGUUUUUUCACUUAUUUUGUAAUCAUGGCUGAAAAUGGAUUUAUGCCGUAUAAAUUAAUUGGAAUACGUCGUGAAUGGGACUCUAGAGCUGUUAAUGAUUUACCAGAUUCUUAUAACCAAGAAUGGACCUACCAAGACCGCAAGUCCUUAGAGUAUACGUGCCAUACAGGCUUUUUCAUAGCUAUUGUAGUAGUACAAUGGGCAAAUCUUAUUAUAUGCAAGACAAGAAGAAAUUCAAUCACACAUCAAGGAAUGAGAAAUAUGGCUCUGAACUUCAGUUUAAUAUUUGAGACAGUCUUAGCUUUGUUCUUAUGUUAUUUACCUGGAAUGGAUGAAGCGUUACGCAUGUAUCCAUUAAAAUGGACUUGGUGGAUUCCUCCAAUACCAUUCAUGCUAGCUUUAUUCAUUUAUGAUGAAGUAAGAAAAUUUUACAUAAGACGAAAUCCUGGUGGAUGGUUGGAGAAAGAAACAUACUAUUAAUUCAUUUGCGUUAAUUGAGUUAAUUAAUAUUAAAUAGUAGCUAAUUUAGUUUCAUGAUCACUUAUUAUAAAUAUAUUCUUUAAAAUGAAAAUAUUGUUUUAAAAAAUAUAUAUUGAUCUUGUUUAAAUUUCAAUUCUUAACUAUAGUAUGCACUAUAACAAUUCAUAUACUUAAUGAUAACAAUAUAGAGAUAUAAUCUCAAUAAGUUUCUUAUAUAAAUGUGUACAUGAUCAUUUCAAUUUGUAUGGCAAAAUUUGAAUGACAUUGGUUUAAUUUUUUUCUUUUAUUUCUGUUAUUUUUGGUGGUUUAUAAUGUACUCAAUAGUAUAUAAUAUUUACCUUUCAC